AUCUUACUUCACGUAAACAUACUGAUCGUUUCUAAACAUAUGGGUUGUGGAAGCAGCUCUCAGCCUUUAAAGAAGGGUAAGCCGAUUAUUUAUUUUUGAAGUAUUGCUUUGCUAAAACGUCUUAAACCAUUUAGAUUCUUAAAUUUCAGAGUUUUGUUUUGGUGAAUGUGGUAUUUUCACUUAGUUCGCCAUACAUGACAUCUUUACCCUAUGUCUUGUAAUUUCAGUUCUAAAGUUAUUAAACGAUAAUUAUUAUGGUACUGCAGUAAAUCAUUUUCAGUAUGUGCGGUCCAAUUAUAAAUUGAUGGAUUAAAAAGAGAACUACUUUUAAGGUCAAUUAAAACUUGAUUCAUUGUUAGAUCUUUAUCCCAAGCUUCGUUACUUCUACCUCUGUUGUCUUCUUGAGUAUCGUAGCGAUAUUCUUAAGCAGUCAAACAAGAAGCAGAUAAGCGCGUAAAACACUUAUCAUUACUUGACUUACUUCUAAAACUGGUGUUUUAGAGAUCUAUUCGGAGCAUUAUACAGGUCUUAGCUUUUGGCUGGCAUGAGCUUGGCAUGGCUUCAGCAUGUGAAGACUAGAUUAUUAGGAAUACAGUCGACUCUCUCUUAACGGACACCUCUAUAAGACGAACACCUCUGUAAAACGGACACCUAGAGUUGGUCCCUGCCUUUGCUUAUUCCCUUUAUUUGACGUGACUCUUAGUGCCGGUCCCAGAGGCGUCCGUCUAGGAGAGAGUUGACUGUAUUAGCCAAGGUCUCGAGAAGAGCAGCUAACUAUUUCAGCGAACUCACGAAAGAAAAAAAAAUCAAUUGCCUUAAUGCCUUAAUUGUAUGUCAAAAUAACUUGAAAGAUUAUAGAGGAAGAUUUUAAUAUCGUGCUCCGAUGCAAGAAACCGCAAAUCGUUUUAAUUUUAGUGUUGGAUUGUUGAUUUGAUAAUGAUUAAACUUUCUAAUUAUUGAUUAGUGUGAUAUGACUGCUCGGUGGAGGUUAUCGGAAGAACAAUAUUUAUUCUGGAAAUAACUGAAUUUACAACAACAAAUUUUAAAACACAUUAUAAAUUGACCAAUUGGCCACACUUUUUCUUGAGCAAGCAAUAUACAGCGCAUCAUAUUUAGUAUUUAAUUAUUUAUUCAGAAUGAGCUCAGUCAGGUAGCUUAUAAACUAAGGCUGUUCAAGCUGUGCGAUUUACUUGUUUCAAUCCUCUCCAAGGGUUACUGAAGUUAUAACAGAUAACAUCUGGUCACCCCCGGAACGUAACCACUGUAACCAUGACAACCAUAAAAACAUCAACAAGAUGUUCUUUAUGAAUCCUUCCACGAUUACAAUAGGAACAAAAAAAUGGCUUUUUCAAAAAAAUAUAAAUAUAUAUUUAACAAUUAUUCCUUGAGCCCGAAUGGGCUAUUGACUCAGAGGGCAUGAGGGCGAGAGGAAUAAUUGUUUUAGUAAAAGUCAACUAGUUGGUCAAAAAUUUCGAACAAAACAACUUUAGCUAGCAAAAACGCGAUUCAGCCGCCAUUGUUUUGGUUUCAAAGCCGGCGCUUUACGCUACUAAUGGGCUGUAACAUUUAGCCUAGUAGUAGCUCAACCAGACAGAACGUAACAUUGAUAAUAGACCCCUGACUAGUUGGCUUUUACUAAAUACAUAAAUAUAUAUAUCGACUGUAGACAGCGUUUUUAAACAACUGCGUUUUUGGUGACCGUUAUCACUGGACUUGUGUGAACUGAAGCUAGUCUUGCGAGGCCGUUACGAAGUACAGUAAAACUCAACGAUUAAGAACCUGGAUUUUUUUCCAAGUUAGCCUAAUCAGGUUCUUAUAUAAAUGGUAGUUAGCACAAGUUUAGGCUAUUUAGUUUCUUAAAUAGGUUUUUAUUUUCUGAAGAAAAAAUACAAUAUAGUUAAGAGUAUUUAGUGGUUCAGCUUAUUCCUCAUAUAAAAUCGGCAUCCUGACCAAAUUAGAAGUUACUGGUACGUAAAAAUUACCACGAAAAGAGGAACUAAAGCUUGACCUCAAGAAUUUUGAAGUCCUACCUCAGAACAUAACAUACAUUUAUUGUAAUUCCUUGCCUGUUGCAAUCAUUUCUUAAAGUUGAAUGUUGACUUAUUGUAUUUCCAAGUGUACAAAAUCUUUUUUGUAGAUUUUAAAAAAUAAGAACGUGUUUCAAAUAGCUUCAAAUUUUAGGCCAAACAGGUUUUUAUAUGGAGGGGGCUUAACUAGCAAAUUUUAGCCUAACAGGUUCUUAAAAUCGAGGUUCUUGGUCGGGGGGUUUUUCCGUAACUUGCGAGCAGACGUGUCCUAUAUUUCCUUUGUUGAAGGCGGGAAACGGACCUUUUCCCUCUAAUUUAGACACUGCUUAAAAACACACCGGCUCUUUUCGCAAGAUUGAAAUUUUCUUUCAAGGAAUUUCCGCGACAAAAACAAUGACCCACUCGGUUCACUGAAGUUGUAUUGUUCAACUACUUAAGUUCACAAGAGCUUAGAAACCGGAGACUCAUAUAUUCAAUUCCUCGUUGCUUUUAAAGUAGCAAUAAUCAUUUGAUACGUAUAAAAAUUGAGGCGAAUCAUUUCGACCAGUUACAAGUUAAAUAAGGUUUUAACGAAAAUUUGAAAUUUUUGAAGCUAAAGGGAAAAGAAGCAUGAAAGACAUGUUGAUUUUUAGAGUUGAAAACCAGCAAUGAAUUUUAGCGAUUUGGAGGGUCUUUGGAUUCGUCAUGUUUUCUAAAACAAAAAGGACAGUACCAAACAGUUAAGGUAGGAUUAUGUUUGUUUUGACUAUUAAACUGAUUUUUUUGUGUUUUCGUAGUAUUUCGUGAUAUUGCCAGCUUACCAACACUGAUCCAAACCAACCUUAAAUUUAUUUUAAUCUAAACGAAAAAACGGUCACGCAGUUUGGCGGCAUGGAAUGUGUUCCUUUUCACUUCAAAUGACGUCAAAUUAUCCUUAACCCUUUGAACUGAAAUUGGUAGGCAUAAAUUGCCUUUCUUAUGACAUAAUAGCUAUUGUACUGGUUUUAACAAGGAUUUUUCAUCUCUUGUGAACAUAAGUAGUAGCGGAAAGCAAUUCAGUGAGCAAUAUUCAGUUCUAAAGUGGGCCCUUGUUGAUGUCACGGACAUCCGUUUGAUGAACAAUUCUGUAAGAAAGAGUUAGUAGUUUUCAGUAAACUUUACGUCCAAUUCAAGGCAAUCAGAUAUGAUUUUCCUUCGUUUUUGCGCUUUUACAAUCACAUACUGGAAUGCUUCAGUACCCCUUUAACGCCUGGCCUGUGCCAGGUGUACAGAUAAGGAGAGCGCGGCGUUCAGGUGGUGAGGAGCGAAUUAAAUCGUACGAGGGGAAAACGAGGGCAAAUGGAACCUCGGUUUUUCUUCCCUUUUCAAUUUUUCUUACACGCUCUACUAUCUGAACGGCUUAAACAGACUGUUUCACGCCUCGCAAUUAUUCUGGUCUAGUUCCUUGCCUUUUGAGUAAGGGUAGGCUUGGAACAAUUAAUUGAGGAAUAUGUUGUGGAAUGUGGUGUAGAAGAACCGUUCUGUUUACAUCGGAAGGUUUUAAAUCUUGAUUGACCUUUCUUCCAGACCUAUAAGGUAAAAAACGAUCCCGAAAGGGCAUCUUUUCAUAAACCCGAAUGUCCUACGGUGGAGAUUCUUGAACACAUAUUUUUUUCUGUCUUUGCGUGUACGUAUGAAAACAAAGAUUUUGCAACGUUGAAAUGACGGUAUCCCAAGAGAGUCUGUUGUAGUCAAACUUUUAUGCAAAGAGGCUAUUGCCGUUAUACGUCAAUUCUGAGCUUAAGUCAUUACCUAGUGCCUUUUCCAAUAUUCAAAAUGAAAGAAAUCCGACCUCAGCUAAUUAAUUUUCAAAUACGGAGUAAGGGGCACUAGACUGUGGAAAACAUAUCCCACUUUUUGUCUGUUUGAACCCUUCUAGAAACUCGCGCCCAGUCCCAAGUGACAGUAGCGGCCCAACAGCGAGCCGAAGCUGCGUAUAGGCGUCAGCGAAUGGCUCAAGAAAGAGCAGAACAGACUGCGGCUUGGCGCGCUGAGAUGGAAGGAGAGCGGGCUCGAAUGGUUAAGGAAAAGGCAGGUGAAGGGAGUAGGAGGUCGUCAAACGGUAAAGAACUAGAGGAAUUGAAAGAACGGGCUCCAAAAGGUAGGCUAUUUUGCGAAAAAAAAAAUUUACAGUCCAAAAUAGUUGGAAAAUUUGGUCGAUACCCCCCCCCCCUCCCCCUUCAUAAAGUUGAAAAUAGCUCAGACUUUCCCAAACGCAACUUGUUAUCAACACUGCAAAGGGACAAGGGAUCUACACUGUGCAGCUUAAAAAAUCGUAAGUGUUCGAAGGUUUCGGAUGUCUAAGAAGGGCUGGCCAUAAAAACGUAGACAGCUCCCUAAAACGGACAAAUAGAGUUGAGUCUAUUGUCAACUCUCGCCUUGCUGACACCUCGCUGUUACGGACAGCCCAACAGUAUCGUCAGUCGUUUGACCAAAAAAAAUCGUCCUAUUGGGGAAUCUCGUUACCACGGACUCUAACUCACGAUCCAGAGGUUAUCGCAACAACGGGAGUUGAGUUUCUUUUGGAAAAUAUUCUUGUUUUAUGUGUCACCGCGCAUGUCAAACGCUUCCUAUUCCGCGAUCCUAAUAAACUCCAUGAUGCAGGGCAAUAUCAUUAGUUGAAAGAGUUGUCAUAAGUGAGAGUAUUUCAUUUUGCAAGGUUCCGUAAUCUGUAAUCUCUUUUAUUGCAGUUUCUGAUCACCUGAAUGCUUAUCUUCCCGACUACAAAGUUAGGACCAAGAACGCACGCAAUUCUCUUCCGGUGAAUAGAUUCCCACAUUCGACUGUAAUAUCUGAAAGGCGAGUGUCUAGAGAUGAAAGAGAAAAGCGAGCAUAUUAUCGACAAAAGGAAAAGGAAGACGACAAAGACGGAAACGACCAUCGAAGGCUCAGCACUGGUGAAAAAAUAGACCUGGAUUUCUUACGGACAAUAGCAAAUCGCUCGAGUCAAACUUCUCCAAGCAACGUUCAAAUUGUCACAGUAGAAGAGCGGUAUGGCCCUCAGUUCCCGAAUACCAGUACAGAGGUGAUCGAAAAAGUGCCAUUUCAAGAAAACGAUGGAAUGAGAUGCGAGGAAUCUAAGAAAAACGAGGAGGGAGCGAUUGCUGAAAGGGCAGAUGUUGGUAAAGAACACGUGUCUAACUACCCAGUGGAAAGUUACGCCGACGUUAAACCGAAGGAAAACGAAAAUGCGUCGUCGACUUACAAGCAUUUACCGAUGGUUGAUGAUAAUACUGAGGAUGGUGACCAUAGUAACGUAGAAGGAUUACCAGGUACGGAUACUCAGAAUGUUACGAAACGAAUCAAACAAGAAAAUGAUGAUAACAGUGUCAAAAGUGACGGUAACAAAAAAAUUAGUGACAUUUCAGUGGGUUUUGGCGAAGAGCAAAGCAAAAUUUCUAACACAGUUGAGACGGUACCCAAAAAACAAGAAGAAGGAGAAAUUUUAGAGAAACAUGAAGGAGACGAGGAAGUCGAAGAUUAUAAGCGAGAAAAACAGAGAUUAGGAGAUAAGGAAGACCGAAAUGUUCUAACGCCAGACCAAGACUCACAACAAAAUGAUGAAAAACAACAGCAGCCAGAAGAAAGAGAUAAUCAAAUUCAUGUAUGUGAAGAGCAAGGGGACAAGAACAAAGAAAGAAAGCACAUGGAAGAAACUGUUAUUGAGACAACUAUAGAAAAAUCAUCACCUUGUGGACAGCAUAACGUAACGGCACGGGAUGAGUAUACUCAGGGCAUAAGUUCAAAAAAUAAUAAUAGCAUACGAAACAGUGAAGCACUAGGAUUAUGA